AUGGAGACCAAGCUUGGUGGAGCUCGUGCAAAGGAAAUAACGGAUAGGAUUCCUUUUGAUGGUGCCAUCCAUACUGAAACAAUUGGGUAUGCAGGAGGCCUUUGGUUGCUUUGGAAUGCUGAUAUUGUGGAGGUGGUUCAUUUGGCAAAUACAGAGCAAGAAAUCCAUGUGGAAGUGAAGGUACUUGCUACUAAACUCUCUUGGAUUUUUUCUACUGUUUAUGCUAGUCCUAGGAAUACUAAAAGACAUAUUUUCUGGGAAAAUUUAAUUAAAGUAGCUGAUCUUCAUAAUAAACCAUGGGUGAUAGCUAGGGAUUUUAAUGAACCCCUAUUGGAUGAAGAUAAGUUUGGAGGAAGGCCUGUCAGCAUAUAUAGAUCCCUUUUAUUCAAAGAUUGUCUUGAUAAGUGCAAUAUGGUGGAUUUGGGAUUCUCGGGUCCCAGAUACGUGUGGACUAAUAGAAGGGAGUUGAAUAACCUCAUUUAA